CCUGCAGUGGCUGUAACAAAACCCAGACUCCCAGGUCCGGGCCAAUGGAGGCGAUUUAGACUAGAGUGGGACUGCGUCUGUCAAAAGUCCCACUCAGCAGCCGCGGCGGAGUCCAGGAGAGCUGGAGCCGCCGGGCUGCCUCCCCGCCCCCGCUGCGAUUUAUUGAGUAUUUGGACUGGACAAAUUAAGUGGCCCUGAUGAUGUUACCAAGCCCGGUCACCUCCACCCCUUUCUCAGUCAAAGACAUUUUGAACCUGGAGCAGCAGCAACAGCAACAGCAUUUCCACGGCGCGCACUUGCAGGCGGACUUAGAGCACCACUUCCACUCGGCGCCCUGCAUGCUGGCCGCUGCGGAUGGAACACAAUUUUCUGACGGAGGGGAGGAGGACGAGGAAGAAGAGGGAGAGAAACUGUCCUACUUGAACUCACUAGCCGCAGCAGAUAGCCACGGGGAUUCGGGGCUCUGUUCCCAGAGCUAUGUCCACACGGUCCUGCGAGACUCGUGCAGUGGGCCUAAAGAACAUGAAGAGGAGUCCGAAGUCGUGAGAGACCGGAGCCAAAAAAGCUGCCAGUUAAAGAAACCUCUGGAGGCGGCUGGAGACUGUAAGGCGGUGGAGGAGAGCGAGAGGCCCAAGCCACGCAGCCGCCGGAAGCCUCGAGUCCUCUUCUCGCAAGCCCAGGUCUUUGAGCUGGAACGCAGGUUCAAGCAGCAGCGGUACCUUUCGGCGCCCGAGCGCGAGCACCUCGCCAGCAGCCUGAAGCUCACGUCCACGCAAGUGAAGAUCUGGUUCCAGAAUCGCAGGUACAAGUGCAAGAGACAGCGGCAGGACAAGUCUCUAGAGCGGGGUGCGCCCCCCCCCCCGCCGCCACCGCGCCGCGUGGCAGUGCCGGUGCUGGUGCGGGAUGGCAAGCCUUGCGUCACGCCCGGCGCGCAAGCCUACGGUGCGCCUUACAGCGUGAGCGCGGGCGCCUACUCCUAUAACAGCUUUCCGGCUUAUGGCUAUGGGAACUCGGCUGCCGCCGCCGCCGCCGCCGCUGCUGCCGCCGCCGCCGCUGCGGCCUACAGCGGCAGCUACGGCUGUACGUACCCAGCCGGCGCCGGCGGCGGUGGAGGCGGCGGAGCAUCCGCAGCGGCCGCGGCCAUGCAACCCGCCUGCAGUGCGGCCGGAGCCGGCCCCUUUGUAAACGUGAGCAACUUGGGCGGCUUCGGAGGCAGUGGAGGCGCGCAGCCGUUGCACCAGGGUGCUGCAGGCGGGGCCGCGUGCGCGCAGGGCACCUUGCAGGGCAUCCGGGCCUGGUAG